UCUUAUUUUGUCUUUGCCUUGGAAGACUGGACGCUUUGUCAAGAACCGCAACACGAAAGAAGCACCAAAACGAAGCGGAUGUGAAACCCCUACCAUUUGGCCUCGAUUUUCUCACAGUCCUCCUGUUCUCAGAGAGAGAGAGAGAGGAUGCCGGCGUUGGAGAUGGCAUCUGCCAAUCCAGCAGGGGCGCCUGGGAAAGAGCAACAGGCGGCAGGAUUGGGGAUAUUGCUGCAGAUAAUGAUGCUCGUCCUCUCCUUCGUUUUAGGUCAUGUUCUCCGGCGCCACAAAUUCUACUAUCUCCCUGAAGCCAGCGCUUCUCUCCUCAUUGGUAUGAUUGUUGGGGUUCUGGCAAACAUUUCAAAUACGGAAACAAACAUUAGGACAUGGUUCAAUUUCCAUGAGGAAUUCUUUUUCCUCUUUUUGUUACCGCCAAUAAUCUUUCAGUCUGGCUUCAGCUUGCCACCUAAACCAUUUUUCUCAAACUUUGGGGCCAUUGUCACCUUCGCCAUUUUGGGAACAUUUAUUGCUUCCUUCGUAACAGGGAUAUUGGUUUAUCUUGGUGGACUGAUGUUUCUCAUGUAUAGACUACCAUUUGUUGAGAGCAUUAUGUUUGGUGCUCUCAUAUCAGCAACUGAUCCUGUAACAGUGCUAUCCAUAUUCCAGGAGCUAGGAACAGAUAUGAACCUUUAUGCCUUGGUCUUUGGAGAAUCAGUCCUAAAUGAUGCAAUGGCAAUUUCUUUGUACAGGACAAUGUCAUCUUUCAACAGUCAUUCAUCCAAGCAAAGCUUCUUUUGGCUCAUUGUGAGGUUUCUCGAGACCUUCGUUGGAUCAAUGUCUUCGGGUGUUGGAGUUGGAUUUAUUUCGGCUUUGCUCUUUAAGUAUGCAGGCCUUGACAUUGACAAUCUUCAGAACCUUGAAUGCUGUCUAUUUGUACUCUUCCCAUAUUUCUCGUACAUGCUAGCUGAAGGUUUUGGACUCUCUGGUAUUGUUUCAAUAUUAUUCACUGGAAUUCUCAUGAAACACUAUACUUUCUCAAAUUUGUCGGAAAAUUCUCAACAAUUUGUUGCUGCUUUUUUCCAUCUGAUAUCUUCAUUGGCUGAGACAUUUGUGUUUAUAUACAUGGGUAUUGAUAUUGCUAUGGAACAACAGAGCUGGUCACAUGUUGGAUUUAUCUUUUUCUCUAUUUUGUUUAUUGGAGUUGCAAGGGCUGCAAAUGUCUUUUCAUGUGCAUACUUGGUGAAUUUGGUCCGACCAGCAAGCAGGAAAAUACCCCCUAAACAUCAGAAAGCACUUUGGUACAGUGGGCUAAGAGGAGCUAUGGCUUUUGCUCUUGCUUUACAAUCAGUUCAUGAUCUCCCCGAAGGCCAUGGCCAAACAAUAUUCACAGCUACCACUGCAAUCGUUGUCCUUACGGUUCUUUUGAUUGGCGGGUCAACUGGAACGAUGCUCGAAGCUUUGGAGGUUGUGGGUGAUGGUCAUGAUGGGACCUUUGGACUUGGAGAGACUUUUGAUGGUGACAAUGGCUACAUUGCUCCCUCUUAUGAAGAGGGCGCAUCCUCUGGACAAAAGCUGAAAAUGAGACUCAAAGAGUUCCACAAGAGCACUUCCUCCUUCACAGCAUUAGAUAAGAAUUAUUUGACCCCAUUCUUCACAGCUCAGAAUGGAGAGGUACAAGAUGGGCCCUCACCCUACCAGAGUCACAGAAGCAACUUUGGCAGACAUGGAUCAAAUGGCUGAUACGUGAAUUUGUUGGUAGUCAAUGAGCUUUUCUAGUGGUACACUACUAUAUGAGGGCAUUUUGGGCAUAUACAGCUUUGAAAGAGUGGUCAAGAUUUGUAUAUAAAGAUCUGUUACUUAAACGCCCGGUCCUCUUCUCAUACAACAGGCAGGUUGUGCAGAUCCAUAGGUGCAAAAAGAUCAGUUACUUAGACCAACUCAUGUUUGGGGCGUACGUGCAUGAGCCGUAGGACCGUGCAACAAAAUACCAGUGAUUUUUGCUACUGUGUUGUCUUACGUUCAAACACUGCAAAAAGUUUCAAUCAAUCAAUUGAUGCAGCAAAUGGUUCUUCUCAUAUAGUAUGAUUUUAUGGUUUGCAUGUAUUAGGUGAUCAUCUUCUUAUUUUGAGAUGAAUGAAGCUGUGAAACUUUUCAGAUAACAAACAAGGAAACCAAGAAGUUCACAAAACCCAGAAAUGGAAACUGCAGUUCUAGACA